AUGCUUACAGACUGUGCUUCUUCUAUCCGAUCGACUGAAGCUUAUCGAGAUCGAUUGCAUCUUCUCACCGGUCUCCUCGCAGCAGCAGCUUGCAUCAGCGGCGUAGUUGCUGCUCCACAACCUCAAACUUGUACCUAUACCUACCGACUCCAGGAACUCGCGUACCUCCCCCCAGGGUAUGGUAAAGACUGGAAGCAAGUGCAGCAAGACCUCUGCACCAAGUUCGGUGCUCAAUGGAAUUCAAAUGACGGCUUUUGUCUGAUUUCGAAGCCCCUGUCAGACAAAAUUUUCCAUUUCACCGUCAAGCCUGAUCCAAACAAACCCGGUCUCCAGCCUAUUGAUGUUCGAGCCAAGUAUGUCACUGUGUUUGCCUCCAACUGUAAAUGA